AUGUCUGAUUCCACCCACAACGAUACGGUGGUGCCCUCCAUCGAGAGCAACACCAAUGGUUCUUCUCUGGAGAACGCAAAGAACUCCGUCGUCAACAACGCCUCUGCUGCUGCCAACGCAGUUGCUAACCAUCCUUUGACCCAAAGUGUUACCAACGGACCCGUGGCAGACAACGUCAAGGACCAGCACGCAAAGACCCAAGCCGAAUUCUCCAACCUUGCUGCUGCCCGUACAACCCCGACAACACCUGCGGCUACUGGUCAGCAACUCACACACUACCAUUCCUUUUUCUCAAGUCUGCUCUCAUGGGAGAAUCCCCGUGCUUCAGGCAUUGCCUAUGCCUCUGUCGUCCUGUUUAUCUUCGCAGCCCGAUACCUUGAUAUUCUCCGAUAUGCUUUCAAGGUUACAUGGAUGACUCUGGGUGUUACUGUUCUGGCUGAAAUAGCCGGAAAAGCCCUGUUUUCCCACGGCUUCACUUCUCAACUCCGCCCCAGAAAGUACUACACAGUGUCAAAGUCGACUCUCAACUCUCUCAUCGGUGAUUUCCACGAGCUCAUCAACUUCUUCGUCAUUGAGUCUCAGCGUAUUGUCUUUGCCGAGAAUGUCUUUGCAUCUGGAGCCGCCUUCCUCGGUGCCUUCAUCUCUUACUUUUUGAUCAAGUUUGUCCCAUUCUGGGGUCUCUCUCUCAUCUCUACCUCCGUUCUGUUCCUCGCACCUCUUAUCUACAAGACGAACAAGGAGGUCAUCGACCAAUACCUCCACCAAGCUGCGGAUAUUGCCAACCAGCAAACCGAACAAGUCCGACAAAUCGCCAGCCACCAUGCAGCCCGCGCAACCGAGACUACCAAGCAAUAUGUCGGCGACUAUUCCCACAAGGCACAAGAAAUGAUUGGCAACGCUCGUGGAAGAUCUACCUCCCCUGUUCUAUCUACCAAACCAGUCAAAACCGAACCUUUUGUAGCUAAGAAUGAGAACACUCCAAUAGUUAAAAGCGAGGAUUUCCCAGCCGCACCGAAGGAGGAGUUCGUAUCCGCUCCACCAGUUGGAGAGGUUGCCAAUGCGUUGAGGAGCGAGAAUGAGCCAUUGCUUGCUAUUUAA